CAGAGGGCGCAGGGUUUCCUGAGAAGGCGUUUCACACGAGAUUUGACCUGCGGGACGCUCCGUAGUUAGAGACGUGCUAGAACAGAAGGCACAAAGAGACUUUGGAUUGCGAUUGGUUCGCACGUGGGGUUCCCGGAACUCAGUGAGCGCCGCGCGAAGGCUGAAGGGAGCGGUGUGGUCCGCUUCUGUUGUGAGGCGGGCGGCACCGACCACCGGGACCGCAGACAUGCCUCGGUAUGCGCAGCUGGUCAUGGGCCCGGCCGGCAGCGGGAAGAGCACCUACUGUGCCACCAUGGUCCAGCACUGUGAAGCCCUCAAUCGGUCCGUGCAAGUUGUGAACCUAGAUCCUGCAGCAGAACACUUCAACUACUCCGUGAUGGCUGACAUCCGGGAACUGAUUGAGGUAGAUGACGUCAUGGAGGAUGACUCUCUGCGAUUUGGUCCCAACGGAGGAUUGGUAUUUUGCAUGGAGUACUUUGCCAAUAAUUUUGACUGGCUAGAGAGUUGUCUUGGCCACGUGGAGGAUGACUAUAUCCUUUUUGACUGUCCAGGUCAGAUUGAGUUGUAUACACACCUGCCCGUGAUGAAACAGCUGGUCCAGCAGCUGGAACAAUGGGAGUUCCGGGUCUGUGGAGUUUUUCUCGUUGAUUCUCAGUUCAUGGUGGAGUCAUUCAAGUUUAUUUCUGGCAUUUUGGCAGCACUGAGUGCUAUGAUCUCUCUAGAAAUUCCACAAGUUAACAUCAUGACAAAAAUGGAUCUGCUGAGCAAGAAAGCUAAAAAGGAAAUUGAAAAGUUUCUAGACCCAGACAUGUAUUCUUUAUUAGAUGAUUCCGCAAGUGGCUUACGAAGCAAAAAAUUCAAAAAGUUGACUAAAGCUAUAUGUGGACUGAUUGAUGACUACAGCAUGGUUCGAUUUUUGCCUUACGAUCAGUCGGAUGAAGAAAGCAUGAACAUUGUGUUACAGCAUAUUGAUUUUGCCAUUCAGUAUGGAGAAGACUUAGAAUUCAAAGAACCAAAGGAACAUGAAGAUGACUCUUCUGCUAUGUUUGAUGAGUAUUUUCAAGGACGCCAGAAUGAGUGAAAAAUUUAUGAGUAACUAUAUAUGUGAAGCACCUGCGACUGAAUCAGCAAGACAUUCUUCUCUUCAGAGGAUGCAAUACCAGAAAGCUACUUAUUUCAAUGAAAAAAGUAAUACUUGGCUCUUUCUCAGCAGCAUGCCUGAAUCAAAUUCUAGUUAUUCGGAAAUAGCUGGUGUUUUAAGUGGAAUCUUUUAAUAUUAUUUUAACAGCAUCAAUUUAGAUUUUAAAUGUUGAAAUUGACAUGAAUGCACAUAGACUUGUAUAUAAUAUAAAUGAGCAUUUGUGAUACAGUUAGGACCCAGUCUACCUUUACUUUUACUAUUUGAUUUUUAUUGUUUUUGAAGGUUUUUUUUGGAGAGGCAGGAAUUACUAUAACAAAA